AUGAACCACAGCCCACAAGAUGCUGAACAAUUCAUCCUAGAAGUUUCUCGAAGCCCUCAAAAUUUGAAAUCAUCGCCGGCGCCACCAGCCAUGGAGACCCAUAAAGAAAUCACCGAAGAAAUACUGUCAAGACUGCCGGUGAAAUCACUCUUGAGAUUCAGGUGCGUUUCCAAACCAUGGCGAUCUCUGAUCGACAGCAAACGAUUCAUCAAAACCCACCUUCAAAAUUCGGCAAGAAACCCUAGUUUAGCCCGCCACAAGGUUUUGUUGCUCAAAUUUGUCUCUAAACAAAUGCUGAUGCAACGGUCUGUACUCGAUAGCUCAGAAGAUCAAGCUCUAGAACUGGAAUUCCCAACCCGCCACCACAAUGUUUUGUUGCUCAAAUCUGUCUCUAAAAAAAUGCUGAUGCUACGGUCUGUACUCGAUAGCUCAGAAGAUCAAGCUCUAGAACUGGAAUUCCCAGUCGAUUUUAAUUUUUGUGUUGUGGAACCCAUCUACCGGAAUCUCCAAGAAAUGUGGUACAUAUAUUACGACAGUUGUGGGUUCGGUUGGGAUGAAUCGAGUGGCGAUUACAAGGUUUUUGCGACUACGAGUGCUAGGGCUAUAGCUAUGAUGUACAGCUUGAAGAGUGAUUCAUGGAAGGAAGUGAAGGGUUGGGAUUCAUGGAAGAAUAGUUUUUGCUCUAUACGAAAAACGGAAAUGGGGAUGUUAGCAAGUGGGAGUCUCCACUGGGAGACGUAUACUCCAUUAGACUCGAAGAGAGAGGUGUUCAAACGAGGCGUACAUGCAUUCGACUUGAAGAGAGAGGUGUUGGGGGCGGUGGAGCUGCCGGAGUGCUGGGAGGGCCACUGGUGGGAGGGUAUUGGGGUGAUCGGAGAAUGCCUUUCGGUAUACUACUGGUGUGAGGAUUCGAGUUGCUUGAAUAUUUGGAUGAAGAAGGAGUCUUGGGAGAAAGUGGUGGUUCUUGAUGAGCUGUGCAAUCCUCUCCAUAUUUCUCCGGCCUUGGCUCCUUUCUGGGGUGAUGGGUUUUUGUUGAUCAAGAUUGGGAAUUUCUUGGUUUUUGAUGGGAAAGGGUUUAGGAAUGUGGUUUCGUUGAAAGAUUCCGAUGUCUACAUUGAAAGUUUAAUCUCACCAUUAGAUGCCUAG